UGAAGCUCACUUCAUUCCUCACCCAUCUCUCCGGCAAAAUAGUGUGGAGACCAGAAUGAGCUACUAUGUGGAUCCCACCGUGGACAGCCCCACCACAUACCCUGCACCUCAUCCUGCAGUGGCGAGGCAGGGGCCUAUCAACACUUUUGAAGAUCCUCGAAUGACCUGUGGCUUCCAGUCCAGUUAUCACCAGCAAAGAACUCUUUACCCACUCUGGGAUGAGAUGGCCACUCAGGAAGUUCCUACUGGCCUUGAACACUGUGGCUCAGGACAGUUUUGUGAGAAGACAAGCAUUCAAAGUUUCUGA